GCCAUAAGCUUACUUAGAAGCAAAGCAAUCUUUCAGAGAAAAUGAAGUCAAAAAAGCUUAAAUGUAUAACUAUAAUUUUUCUCAUAUAUUUGUUGAAUCAAAAUGCUCAUUGUGAGCUACAGGUUGGGUUUUAUAGCUAUUCAUGUGGCAUGGCUGAGUUCAUUGUGAAGGAUGAAGUAAGAAAUAGUGUUACUAGGAAUCCUGGACUUGCUGCUGGGCUUGUAAGAAUGCAUUUCCACGAUUGCUUUAUUAGAGGGUGUGAUGCAUCAGUUCUUCUUGAUUCCACUCCCUCAAACACUGCAGAGAAAGACUCUCCCGCAAAUAAACCAAGUCUCCGAGGGUAUGAAGUCAUUGAUAAUGCCAAGGCUAAACUUGAAGCAGUUUGCCCAGGAGUUGUUUCAUGUGCUGACAUUGUUGCAUUUGCAGCAAGGGAUAGUGUGGAGUUAGCUGAAGGGGUUGGUUAUGAUGUUCCAGCAGGAAGAAGAGAUGGCAGAAUAUCACUAGCUUCAGAUACAAGAACAGAGUUACCUCCUCCAACUUUCAAUGUAAACCAACUCACUCAACUCUUUGCAAAGAAGGGAUUAACACAAGAUGAAAUGGUCACCCUUUCAGGAGCACACACCAUUGGCCGCUCUCAUUGCACUGCUUUCAGCAGUAGAUUAUACAAUUUCAGUAGCACUUCAAGCCAGGAUCCGAGUUUAGAGCCUUCAUAUGCAGCUCGGCUGAAGAGGCAAUGUCCACAAGGAAGCACAAACCCCAACUUGGUGGUUUCAAUGGACCCCUCCAGUCCUGCAAUUGCAGAUGUAGGGUACUAUCUUAAUAUAUUAACAAACCGAGGCCUGUUUACUUCUGAUCAGACUCUCUUAAGUAAUGCUGAAACAGCCAGUCAGGUGAAUCAAUAUGCCAGGAAUUCUUAUCUGUGGGCAAAUAAAUUUGCGGAUGCAAUGGUGAAGAUGGGUCAAAUCAGUGUCUUAACAGGUAAUGCUGGAGAGAUUAGAACAAAUUGCAGGGUGGUCAAUGGCUAGCAAUGGUGUUCGAGGACUACCUGCAGCAAUGAAGAUCUACAGAUUCUUAGUCAUGUUUCUGUUUUUCUUUUUUCCUGCUUGAUUACGGAGCAAGUAACUUUGCUUCCCGUUUUUUUUACCUCCUGUUCGCAUAACUGGCAUUCAUCUGUCGGUGAAUCGUAGUCCUCUCUGUUUGCCCUGAAAUAGAUAGCUUGUCAUUUGCGACAAGUAUUUACUCACGUUAUCUAAAUCAAUUUGCUUCGGUAUAAA